AUGGCGGUUUCGCCGUUCGCGGCGAAACUGUCCACCAACUUCGUCCCCUGCGACUCUGAGCUCGAGGAAAUCAGGGGGUACCUUGCGGGAUACUUCGCUAAGCUGGCCGAGUUGGACAGCCAAAUCGCACAAUGGCAAGCGAAGAUCGACGAGCUGGCGGCCACGCGCGAUUGCGUCAAGGCGGUUAUUGGACAACAUGCUGCACUUAUUUCUCCAAUGCGACGCGUACCUGAAGACAUCCUCAGAGAGAUUUUCUUAUAUUGUCUUGCAGCUGAGCCCGUCGCACUUGUCGAUGCACGGCGGGCACCGAUGCUUUUGACGCAUGUCUGCGCCUCUUGGCGGCACCUUGCCCAUGCCAUGCCCGCUCUCUGGAACUCUAUACAUAUUCCCGGCGGCAGCUUCUCCCAAGCUGGUGGCCUCGGUGAUAUGCUCAGCUUCAAUGCAGAAGUCGUUGCGCCAUGGUUAAACCGCACCAAAGGCACUUCCCAGUUGCUAUCCCUGUCUAUGUCUUUCAAACGCCCUAAUCAGACAUGGGGACUACUCCUCAACGAGGUUUUCCCUCGUAUCCGCCGCUUAGAGCUCAAACUCGAAUCUGGCGACAAUUCGCAUAUGCACUUGUUCCUGCGGCAGACGAGUCGGGAGCUUCCGCAUCUUGAAUGUCUCAAAAUAGAUACCAAAGAGGAUAGCGGGCCAAAUUUCUGGCCGACGACGGCACUUCUAGGGAUUCCAACACUUCGUUCUGUCUCUCUACGCAUCCGGGCAGAUCCAAUGAAGCUUCCACUCCCAUGGGACCAGCUUCUUGAGCUCAACUUGCGGUGUUUCUUCAGUGCUACCACCAUCGCUGCUGUAUUUGUGGGUGGUCUAUCGGUGGCUGAUGCACUCGAUCUUCUUCGUCGGUGUCCACGACUGCGAAAAUGCUCCCUACAAAUCACACGCGGUGGCCAGUUUCAACCUCGCUCGCUCGCUAACGCAAUCGAGUUGCAAGAUUUGGCUAUUACCGACGCCAUUUUCUUGCCCCAGCUAUUAGAGCGCAUCGAUGCUCCGAACCUUCAACGACUAUCCUUAUCACCAAAAAUUGGGCGGGAAGAUGAUGACCGGCCUGCUUUCUUGAACGCCAUACAACCACACGCAGCCAACCUGACAAGCGUCGACUUCGUCAUCACCUUGUUCAAUACCCAAACACUGAGGUCUUUCCUUGCUAUGGUUCCCGUUCUUCGUGAACUUGUUCUCAGGAGUGCAGCAGCCCGGAGCGAGGGCGUUAUUGGUCGGGAGGAGAUCCUUGAAAACAGCAUCCUCGGUAGUCUCACGCCAAUGAGCGCUCCGGAUGCGAGUGUGUACUGCCCCCUCCUCACCCAUGUCGAGUUCGCGUCGUGUGCUCAGUUCUCGGACUGGAAGCUCGCGGAAUUCAUCGAGAAGCGGAUGACCUGCGAGGUUCGGCCGACACUGCGCUCUGUCAUCGUCUCGUUUGAGCGCCCGAUGCUGAGGGACAUUAUGCCCCAUAUUUCACGCUUCUUUGCGGCGGGCCUACGGGUGCAACUCGAGUGGUCGAAGAGCAUUGCGUGGAGGUAUGAUCCUCAUGCGGGUUUGUGUGAUUUGUAG